ACGUUAAAAGUAUAUGUGAAGCCUGCUGGGCUGCCAGCUCUCACUUCCUGCCGCCGGCUCGACGUUCGUUAGUUCGCUGGCGCGCGCGCUUCGAGUCAGCGUUUUCCCCGAGCUCGCGGCGACGACCACAAGAAAAAAAACCCUUCUCUCGCGCUUAGUUAAUUUACUGAGGAGCUCGCGGGGGGGGGGAACGCGCGUCAGAAAGUGGAAACGGGUGAAAAAGUUGAAAGGAGAUCGACGCGAAUUCGCCGUGCGCGCUUCGUUUCGCGAGGAGUUUUGGGGAGAGGGGAAGUUCGGCAUACAUUCACCAUGUUCACCGCGUUCAGGAAAAUCCAGCUCGUCAGUCUGGCCCUGCUGCAGCUUGUGAACCAGGUCUGCACGACCCCCUAUUUAGUGGACUCCAACAAGAAAUGCAGGAAUUCAAGCACUGAAUACUUACACGAACCGUUAAACCUGUGUUGCAGCAAGUGUCCGCCAGGAUAUCGGCUGAGCAAGAAGUGCACUGCAACCUCUGACACUGAAUGUAAGAAGUGCCAAGAAGGAACAUUCAGCAGCAAGAUGUCGUUUGCCAACUGCUUCUUGUGUUUAAAGUGUAAAAAAGACAGUGGAUUGCAGUAUGCACAGAACUGUACUGCAACUUCAAACGCCAAGUGUGUGUGCCAGGAAGGGUGGUUCUGCACGCUGGAAGAAGACGAUUCCUGCAAAGCGUGCUCUCGCCGCACCAGCUGCCCGGUUGGUUUUGGGGUUUCCAAAAAAGGUACACCAUCCUCUGAUGUGACAUGUGAGCCCUGCAAAGAAGGGACCUUCUCUGACCAGCAGUCGUACACCCAGGCCUGCCGGAUUCACACAGACUGUCAUUCUCAAGGGAGAGAAACUCUGUUCCGAGGCAAUACCACCUCAGAUGCAAAGUGUGGCCCGGUAACCAGGUUCCAGCUGACAACGUUAACGACUGUGCCUCCAACCACAUACAACAUCCCAGCGCAAAGCAUCGGUUUUUACACCACUUUCAACGAACUCCGUGUGCCUACUGCUCCGUCGCUCAUGGGAUCUUACACUUGGAGUGCCAUCAGUGUAGUGGCUGUUGUUCUGCUGGUUGCCAUGAUCAUCAUAACAGUGCUGGUCUAUAAAAAGAAAGGAAAAAGGAACAAUGCUGACACAGACAUCAAUAAAAAAUUCCUGCCAGAAAAUGGGGAUACCCAGGAUGCUUCAUCAUCCUCCGCCUCAAGCCAGACUGAGUCCACUCAUGGCGUAUGGGUGGGUCCAGUGGGCACCGGCCGGCCAGACCCCGUACAAACAGAGAGUCCGAAGGUCAAUGUCAGUGUCACCACCACCAUCAACUACAGCCUAUGCCCAAGCACGCAACUAUGCUCUGCUGUGACCCCAACGGGAGUUCCGACGGCUUUCGCUUCAGGUUCCUCCUUCCCCCUGUCCAAGGAGGAAGUGCUUCUUUCACAACAGUGUGAAGAGGGCAAGGAGGUGCGAGUGGCAGUGCAAGAGAGCGGGAAGGACAUAUGUUAAAAGACUGUGGAAAAAGAUGGCUGACUGAGAGGGAACUCCUCAGUAAUGGGGAAUGCUGGGACUGUCCAGUCAAGUUGCCCAGGACCUUUCUAUACCUCGUACACAUCCUCACCAGUGACAAAGUUUAUUUAAAGCAUCUCAAUGACUAUGGGGCUCUUGUGGAUGUUUGAGGAUGGAAAAAUGUGUGGACGAGUGAAGGAUCAGUGUGAGGAACAGGUUAGAGAUGCCUGUUGCCCCAAUGACUCCAGAAUGAAGUUGAGGGCGAAGCAGGGCGGCAUCGUACUAAUCCAGUGAUUUCUGUGGCAAGCUGCUGGAUCCUUACUGCUGUUAAUCUCAGUAGAGCCGUGUGUGUGUGUGUGUGUGUGUGUGUGUGUGUGUGUGUGUGUGUGUGUGUGUGUGUGUGUGUGUGUCCGUCCCUCCAUAGAACCAUCCCCACUUUAGCUACAGUGACAUAUCAACAGGGAAGAAUCACAGCGUCGGAGUGGCUGCCUUUCCAUACAAAAGUCAUACAGAGGUCACACUUGAACACAUUUUCUACAGUAUAAGUUACUGGCUUAAUGAUGGGUGAGCUGGCAGGGCUGCCUAUAUUAACUUGUUACCGUGCUACAUUUUUAAUUGAUAUUUCUUUUGGAGAUCUGUAUAUUGAACUGGGUCAUUUGACGUUGGACAUUGUGUAUGGUGAUGCAAUAGGUUUAUAGUUUUUCUCAGAUUUUUGUUCUGCUAAUCCUGCUCUGAGGUAGACUGCUGUAAAUACAGCUUCUCAUUAAAGAGCAAUGCUAAAACCUGA